UUCAGACAGUCAUAGCUGGUCCGUGAGCUUCCUGGGCCAAUCUACAUGAUACGGUAGACGAGAGCUCAAAAUACAGUUGCUCGUAGCAGUCAAACCGCAAUCCAGAAACUUUCUUACAGCCAUGAACCGUGCAGGGCGCAUGCACGCGCAGAACCUGAAGCGCAAUGCCACACAUCUCCGCGACUACUUUACCAAGCGUGCGCUCAGCAACUCACGAAGCAUAGAAGAGUCGCGUUUAUGUGAGCUUGGACUUGCUCUUCCAGUCCUCGACACGGGCGAGUUUGUGGACACCCAGGUGGAAGAGGCGCUCAUUGCUGCGCUCGUUGCGGCGCUGUGCUGGGCGGCGCAUAAUGCAGCAUCAGCGAGUGCACAGCAGAGACCAGCUGCCUUGGACACGCUCGUUUGGCUCUUGACCCAGCUGCAGGACGUGCCAAAGGAACGCCUCGAACGCACUCGGGCCUCGCUGGCGCUCCUGCGCGCGGACCUGCUAGGCUCCUUGUCGCGCAUCCUGUCGCAACUUGCGCGAUGGGGCGAGGUCGACCGCGGCCAUGGCCCCAUCGGUGGCGCCAGCACCCGCAGCGGAUGCGGUGACGCCAAAACCCGCACCCGCACCAGCGCCAGCGCUCACGAAGUCCCCGGAACCGUCUCCGCCGAGGAUCUCGUCGCCGCCACGGAGGUGGUGAUUGCCGUAAUCGACGCCGUGUCACAACUGGCACCCGACGUGCCGCCGGCCGCCACCUCCGUCGGGGCACGGCAGCAGGGCGCUGAGGCCUACGCCCGUGACCCGAGGGUCGCCGAGCUUUGGCUCGCGCUGGACAGAAGCGGGGUGGUGGAGCAGCUGGCGGCGGCGCUUCUGCGAGUGGCGGCAGCAGCGGAGGCAGCGGAGGCAGCAGCGGCGGCAGAGGUGGAGGAGGAAAAGAAGCGCGCCGCGGCGGCGCCGCGGCCAGCGGCGGGGCUGGGCGGGUCUGGGCUGGCACAGCGCGGCGGCGGCGCGGCCGCCGCAGGCGGAGCUGCCAGCAGCAGCAGUAGCGGCGGCGGCGGCGGCGGUGGUGGCAGUAGCGGCAGCGGCAGAAGCCGGGAGUCGGCGCAGCAGAAGCAGGAGCAGCAGCGCAGGGCGGCUGCGGCUGCGGCUGCGGCGGCGGUGUGGGAGGCGCUGUCCACGGCACUGCUUCAGGCGUGUGACAUGGUGCAGACACUGCUCAAGCCGCUGACAGCCUGGGGCCUGCCCAGCCUCGCACCGGAGCCUGCGUCGGCGUCGGCGUCGGUCAAGUCUGAAGCAGUAGAAGCUGCGUUGGAGGCGCUCGCCACAGGCCCGCCGCAGUUUCUGCCGCUGCCGGCGCCGCUGCCGCUCAUCCAGAAGCAGGUGUGCGGCCCCUGCCUGCACUACCUGCUCUGCUGGGCGCUGGCGUGCGCGCACGUCACCCUGACGGGCGCGCCGCCGCGGCAGCCCAGCUACCUCACUGCACCGUCCACGCCACAGCCGCAGCAAACGGCCGCAGCCGGAAUAGCUGGAACAGCAGUAGGAGCAGCCGGUGCAGCAGCAGCAGCAACAAGAGCAGGAGCAGGCGCAGGAGCAGCAGGCACAGGUGGCCUGAGCGAUGGCGGUAGGGGCGGCAACCGCGGCGUGCUGCCGCCGCGGGCGCUGGUGCUUCCGGAGGUGCCGCAGGAGAGCACAGUGGACAACGCGGGCAUCGUGCUGGUCGCGUUCGGUCUGGUGAUGCAGCUCAGCGCUGGAGGACGCGGCAGUAGCCGCAGUGGCAGCGGCAGUAGCCGCAGCGGCAGUAGCCGCAGCGGCAUAAGCGGCAGUGGCAAUAGUGGCGGCAGCAGCAGCAGCAGCAACAGCACCAGCGAGACCACUGCUGCCGCCACGCCCGCCCUGCCCGCCUACGACCUGCUCACCUCUGUCAUCCCCGCAUUCACCGGCACGCCCAGCCUGCGCCACCGAAACCAGCUGACGCUCACCAGCUCGGUGGCAGCGCUGCGGCAGCGGCUGCUGACGGAGAUGCGGCCGAGCCAGGCGGCGGUGCGUCUGCCGGCGCUGUGGUCGGAGCUGAUGCAGCAGCUGGCCUGGGGCUGGAACUGGAACACGCUCCUGAAUAUUCGAACCCUAAUGCAGGCGCGAAUGCCAUGGGGAGGCCGCGGUCUCGACAGCCGCUGCUACCGCUCAUGCAACCGCUCAUGCAACCGCUCAUGCAACCGCUCAUCCAACCGCUCAUGCAACCGCUCAUGCAACCGCUCAUGCAACCGCUCAUGCAACCGCUCAUGCAACCGCUCAUGCAACCGCUCAUGCAACCGCUCACAUGCAACCGCUCAUGCAACCGCUCAUGCAACCGCUCAUGCAACCGCUCAUGCAACCGCUCAUGCAACCGCUCAUGCAACCGCUCAUGCAACCGCUGCGUCGCAGGCGGGGGCAGCAGGGUCGGAGGCGGCGGCAGCGGCAGCGGCGGCGGUAGGGGCAGCGCGGACGGAGGCGGCACGAGUAGCAGCUGCAGCCGCAGCAACCAGCGCACAAGCAACCAGCGCACAACCAGGCCUAAGCCUGAGCUUGGGAGUGGCGCUGCGGACGGAGCUGCUGCGGGUGCUGGAGCGGGGCUGCCGUGACGUUGCCCGUCCCUGGUACGUUAUGGGCAGUCAUGCAGGCCGCGGUCCCAUCGCGCUGCCGGUGUGCCAGUCUGUCCUGCGGCAGUCGGGCUGCUGGCCUGCCAUUCUGGCGCAUGGGAGCGUGCCGGAGGCGGCGGCCGUGGUCGCGUCGCUUGCGGCGCUGAGCCGGCGGCUGGCGGCGGCGGUGUGGACGCCGGAGCCGGGUUCGGUGUGGGAGCACCGCAAAGGCCUGGCCCAAAACUUGACAGGGCUGUUGGAGCAGGUCUUCGAGAUGCGUACCGCGGCGUACGAAAGCGGCAGUAGCAGCGGCGGCGGCGCCGGCGGCGGCUGUAGCAGCGGCUGUAGCAGCGGCAGUAGCGGCAGCGGCAGUGGCCGGCCGCCGCUGUGGUUCUGCAACGGUGAUGCGGAUGCGGUACUGGAGCUCGUGACGGUUCGGGGCAUGGCGGUGGUGGGCGGCGCGCCGCCGGCCGGGUCGGCGCCGGCGGCGCAGCAGGCGCUGCUCGCGUCGUUCGCGCUGCAGCAGUGGCUGCCGCCGCUGAUACAGGUCGCUGCGGAGUUGAUACUCGCGGUGCGGUGCCAGCCCUUGCAGGCGCAGGCGCCGAGGCUGCCUGCGUCGGGUCGUGGCGGCGCGACGGCUGGCGCGGCGGUGCACGGCGGCUGCAGGCCGCGGGACACUCUUUCCGAGCAUCCGGAGACGCCGGACGAGCGGCUCCUCAUUGCAAUUGCGGAGACGUGCACGCGCGCGCUGAUGCACGUCGCGUCGGCGGCCGCCGCCGCCGACAAGGCCGCGGCGGAGGUGCACGUGCUCACAAGGCUGGACCAGGCAGCUGGCGGCGGCGGCGGCGCUGGCGGCGGCGGCGGCGCUGCUGGCGGCGGCGGCGGCGGCGGCGGCGGCGCACUGGCGCAGAGCAUGGCGGCGGCGGCUGUGGCGCCAGUGAAGGCGGCUGCAGACAAGGCGUUAGAGGACGUUCAGAGCUGUCGCAUGGCAGUGCUGUUUCCCAUCGCCGACGCCAUGGAGGCCCUGUGGGACCGCGGCUUGAGGGGCGUCGCGCCAAACGCAAGCGCCGCCGCCAUCGCAAAACUCCGUGGCGGCAGUAGCAACAGCAGCAGUAGCGGCUGCGGCGCCGCGGUUUGGGCGGCGCUGUUGGACCUGCUGGAGGCCUGCUUGGCUGCGGCGGCAGACGCGGGGGGCUGGAUGGCUAUGACGGGGUUGGGGCCCUGGAAGCCUAUGUGGUCACGGCUGCGGAUGUUGGCUGCGCGGCAAGGCCGGCGCGAGCUGUCAGCCUUCCUGGAUGCGGUGCAGGCAGACUACGACGAGGACUAUGACGAGGACUAUGACGAGGACUAUGGCGAGGACGAGGAGGACGAGGACGAGGGCGAGGACGAGGACGAGGGAGGAGAUGCGGUGGAUGCGGCGGCGGCGGCGCUUCGGGCCGCGGUGUUGGAGGACCCGGUGCGCGGGGCUCCUCGCAUGGCGCCGCGCUGGCUGAUGCCGCCGGUGGAGGUGGCGCAGGGGCUGCGGCGGGCGGGCUUGGCGGUCUGCGGCGACGUGUUGGCGGCGAGUGGCGGCGGCGGCAGUAGCAACAGCAGCAGCACCACCACCACCACCACCGGGGCAGCGCCGGCGGUUUUCAUGCUGUGCGGCAACCCCAGGUGCAGCAACCUGGAUGGGCUCACCGCGCUCAUGCAGCCGCCUGCUGCUAGCAGCGUCGAAGGCGGCAGCGGCGGCGGCGGCGGCGGCGGCGGUGGUGGCGGCGGCUUCAAGACGUGCAGGCGGUGCCAGCGAAUCACGUAUUGCUGCGGCGCGUGCCAGCUGCAGCAUUGGCAGCAAGGCGGCCACAAGAAGCAGUGUGCUGGGAUGGCGGCGGCCGCCGCUGGCGCCACGGCCACUGCCACUGCCACUGCUACUGCGGCUGCCACUGUGACGGCUGCGACUGCGACGGCUGCGCCGCAGAGUGGUUAGAUCUGUAUGAUCGACCCAGCGUAUGGUUAGGAUGUAUGGGCGACCCAGCGCGAGCGAGCUGGCCAGCGUGAGCAGCAGCAACAGCAGCGAGUCACACCGACACAACCAUGUGCGCGACGCGAAGGCCCGCCCCAUGUGCGGCUUUGGUCAGCAGUGCAUGUUGGAGUGUGUGCGUGUGCGUGUUGUAAGUUAGGAGAUGUGAAGCCGAGGACUAAGUACGGAUGGCGCACGCGUUUGCCGCGUGGGCGGCCCGUCACCAUCGCUAGCGUCUAUCGCUGUGCGCGGUGUGGCCAUUGCGUUAAGAGGAAAGGAGGAUGAACAUGUUACAUGUGACGAUGACAGCGUCCGUGCUUGCUUGGGCGCUGGACCCAUGCAAGCAAACAUGGUAUUCCCGUAUGUGUAGAAAAAACGAAACGAAAGCCCGCCCAGACGAUGCGACGGAGUUACUUACCGAUACCUGUGUGUAUAGGCGUGACCAUGUGUUGAUGUCUAGAGGAAAAGCGCCCACCUAACACGGCUGGGGUGCAUUACUUCCUCCAUAGAUCUCGGGGUACAUGAGUGCUGAUCGCUCCUCAACACCAUGUAUACGUCACGCGGGCCAUGGCAUUCAUACCGCAUGUGUGGUCUAGGGCCACGGUCUAGGACUGAUCGAUGAGUUGUUUCGGAAUAUAGCACGGAGCCCAGCUGUUGCUGAUAGGCCUACGGCCGGUGUGUGGCAGAGGUGUGUGCUGUUCCCUCGGUAUCAAUGAUGCCUUGUACCUUUUGAAGGACUGCAAAAGCUGUCGGACAUAUAUUUGUGUCUGUAGACUCUGUACCUAGUGCUUCACGCUGGCAGGCACAGUGGUGGCGCAGGCACAGUGGUGGCGCAGGUACAGUGGUGGCGCAGGUACAGUGGUGGCGCAGGUGCGCAUUGCCAUGCGGCACUGCCGGGUAUGGCAGGCGUGCUGCAUGCCAGGUAGGGACGUGUAGGCCCACGCACGUGACUUGGCGGGGCUGAAGAGGCUCGACGACGAUUAGAUACCGUCCCUGCCUCAACCAUAACCGAUGCCAACUUGUAUGCCUGUUGGGCGUGGUGGAGUAGCGUGCGAGUUGGGCUCGAUUAAUAGGUAGCCCAACCCACAUUGUCGUGCUCUCGCCUUCUGCGUUACGCAUUGUUGGUGUCUCUUCGUUGCCCUGAUGCAGGGACAGCAGGGAUGGGCCGCAGCAUGUAAGGUACUUGGUUAGGUGUGUGCUUGUCAAGAUGCGUGGGCGUGUGGGCGUCUGGUGGUGAGUUAUUAAAUGUUCUGUGCGGUAUCUAAGCGUGAUGGGACCGAUGGAACAGGGGCAGGGCAUGUGUGUCCUGUGUUAAAACAAAAACAACAAUAUGAACCCCAACCCAGACGGCGCCGGAGUAAAUCACGAAUACCUUGUGUACGGUACCUGUGUGUGUGUAUGUGUGUUCCUGGUGUGUGUGUGUGUGUGUGUGUGUGUUCCUGGAGAUGCCGUGCUGCAAGGCACGGGUCGUACACCGUUUGUUGGGUCGUACACCGACUUUGUUGGCCGGGGUUUGGGGCGGGGUUUGUCCGAGUUUCUGUGCAACAGCCCCCAGACCGUCAUGAUGUGCCCAGACAAAAGACGGCGGCCAUCCGGCCGUUCUUGUCGAGCCUGGGCAUUGCCCUGCAAACAAGAUACGAACCCUGGUCAC